UCCCAGCACGUCGCGGCGGAAGCGCGUCACCGGCCACCUCCCGCGCCUCGUCCCCACCGAGUGACCGGCGCAGGGCCUGUGGAAGCGGCCCGCGCCCCAUACGGCCCUCCCCGAACGCGGCAGCCGCCCCGGGCACCCGGGGAAGCAUUCCGAGCAACCGACUGCUGCCCUGAACCGCCAGAGGCAUCGCGAGGUUAGACAGAGAGCUGUAAGUCAAACCCGUCUCCUCAAAAGCCACGGACUUUUUCAUACAGUCACAAAGGCCGCGCUGAGGACGUGGUUGCCCGUCCCUCCCUUGGGGAUGCCGUCGACUGCACCCGCCUCGCCUGUGCCUGGCCUGGCUCGCCUCGUGGCGUGGGGGCGAAAAGGGACAGGCGGCGGAGCGCUUACCGGCCGUGGACAGGAGCUGCCCUAAGGGAAGCUGGAAUGGCCAGAGAAAGGUGAAGAAGAAGAAGAAGAAGAAGAGAUGGAAGGCUCUCCGGCCGGCAGCUGCCUCCCGCUGCAGGCAAGAGAGCGCCUGCCUCGCCGGGCGGAGGACAGCCGAGCGACCGGAGUGACAGCAAAGGAAAGGCGGAGAGCGGGAGAAAGAAGCGUCUGCGCUGGCAAGCUCUCCCGGCAGCGCCGAGAGCCAGAGCUGCGCGACCGAAUCGUCGAGGUUGGCAGAGACCUUUACGAUUAUCGGGUGGAACCGCGAACCUGGCGCUGGCAAGUCCCCCUCUGCCCCGCAGCCCGUCCCUUCCCUUCCGACGGCCUCUUUCUCCACCUCCCUCUGUCCGGCUCCCGGCCCCUCUUUUCCACUUCCGCCCUCUGUACCCUGUGGCUUUCCCCCUCUUCUUUCUCUCUCUGUCUCUGUUUGAGGAGGAGCAGCUGCCGCCCCAGCGUUCGCACCCCGUUCACGGUGUCGCGCGCACGCUUCUUCUCGGGCGCGCUUCCUCCUCCUCCUCCUCCUCCUUCGGGCUCGACCCGAGGCUUCCGGCAGCAGUCUCCGGGUGUCGGAUUUUGUAAAAUAAUUAACGUAACUGAAAGGUGCAGCAGCGGGAUCGGCCCGGGCGGGGCGCCUCCAAAGAGAGGGACCCCGAACAAAGAAAUCCCGGGGCCGUUCCACGCUUGGGUCCCGGACACCCGCCCCUCGCGCGCUGUCCGCGCGUCCCUUAGUCCCGCGGUGACUUUUGGUCUGGGGUCUUCUACCGUCGUCUCGGAUUCUUCUUCUGUAUAGCUGUGGGCGGUGCGUUAUUCCACAGGUGCCGCCGCGCCGAUGCUCCGUACGUUCGCAGUAACGGGUAGAGCGGAAGGCUCUGUGGCCAGGGAAGAGCGGCACGGACACGUUCCUGCUCGCUCCGUUGCACCGGAAUUUCGACGGCUGGGUUCGGCCGCUAAAUUGAUGGCGCUACCGGAAGAAAUUUCAGAAAAGUGAGUACUGUGCUUGUCUUUAAUCUUUUAAAGUAAUUUUUCUACGGGCGCCCGGUCCGUGGCUUAGAUAUUUGGUUUGCGGCGAAACAGACCUGGAACGUGGCUCCAAGUAGCGUUCCGAUUCGCUGAAAUUCCCCGUAGUCAGAGAGCAAGAAUGGUGAAUGUUGCUUGGCGGUUUGAAAUCUCAGGCUUUCUCUGAAAGCUGACCUGCCAGAAUGAGCCGAAAGCAGGCCGAACGCCAAUAGGGAUGCCGCAGAAAAGGUCCUCUUCUUGACAGGAGAAGAGCUUGGCGAAACGUCAGCGCCGUUUCCCGUAGGGCCUCCGACGUACCGGUUCAGCAAGCGUGGGCUUUGUGCGAUUCCCUCGGGGACGAUGGCGAACAAACCUUGUA